GUAACAUAGUAGACCAUGAACGGCAGAAAGUCAUGCCGACAAAAGUGCACUUUACCAGCUGAAUGCGGAGUUUAGGUUUGCCGGCUAUGGCUCGACGUCUGAGGCGACGUGAGACCAGAAACCGUAUAAGUACACCCGGACCAUACAGAGUGUCUACCAGCAUAGAAACAUUUCGCAACACAAACCCCUAACUCUAUCACCACCAUGGCAUCUCUCGCCAAAGAAAUCGUUCUCAUAACCGGCGCAAACAGCGGCAUCGGCUAUGAACUCGCGCGCCAACUCCUCUCGCUGGGCACCUACCACAUCCUCCUGACCGCCCGCUCCCCCACCCGCGGCACCACCGCCCUGCAAACCCUGCAAUCCCUCUCGCUCCCCGGCACCAUCGAAUUCCUGCCCCUCGACACGACCUCGGACACCGACAUCGCCGCCGCCACCGCGCACAUCACCAAAACCCACGCGCGCCUCGACGUACUCGUCAACAACGCCGCCAUCGCGCCCUUCACCUCCAACCCCACGCGCACCCAGUUCCGCGACGCCUUCGACACGAACGCAACGGGUCCGUAUCUGCUCAGCCAGUCGCUCAUCGGGCUGCUGCAGCAGAGCGCGAAUCCGCGCAUCGUGAAUGUGAGUUCGGGCGCGGGCAGCAUCGGGCGGCGGCUCGCGGCCGAGAGCCCGAUGUACAAGAUCCAGGCGGAGGCGUAUCGGGCGAGUAAGGUGGCGAUGAAUAUGCUGACGACGUGUUUGUGGGUGGAGUUUGGGUUGGGGUUUGGGCCGGAUGCGCGGGGCGAGGGCGAGGUUGGUGGUGCGUGGGGCGAGGGAGGGAUGGGGGAGGACGGCGAGGGGAAGAAGAGGGUCAAGGUUUUUGCGUAUGAUCCGGGGUUCACGGUUAGUAAUCUAAGUGAGAUGAAUACGGAGGCGAAUGGGGCGAGGAGUGCGGAGGAUUCGGUGAAGAGUUUGAUGGAUGUUAUUUUGGGAAAGAGGGAUGGGGAGGUGGGGAGGUUUAUUCACAAUACCGGGGGAUAUCCGUGGUGAGUGUUAGUUGAUUUGGAUGUGCGGAUGGCUUGUGGGUUAUUGUUGUUUGAAUUGUUUGAAUUUACUUUCAGUAACUUUCAUGCUUUACACACAACGCUACGAGCCUG